AUGCUGGACCCGCCGGAGCCGAUCAUGUGCACAGGCUUCGCGGUGAACGUAGUCGGCCGUGCUGGUUUCGCUGGAAUGCCGAUGCCCGCUGCUGGAGCUGUCGGGGCCGUCGGAGGCGGUGCUGCCGGGGGUGCGGCUGGCCUAGCCGCAGCCCUGGCCGUGCCCGCGCCCGCAGCGCCUGGAGGAGCGCUUGUGGCAGGCGGUGGAACAGGUGGCGCGGCCGACGGCCUAGCACUGGGUGGAGGGCUCGUCCCCGUGGCCGCGUUGGCCGCCGGGGGAGCUGCCCUUGCGGGGCGGGGGAGGGCCUGCUGCCUCCUGCCGUGGCGCCACCGGCGCCGGCAGCAGCCGUGGCUCCGGGCCUGGCCCCCGCGGGCGCCGCGGGCCAUGUGGGUCUCGCGGGCGCCCCCGCGGUGGCGGCCCCGGCUCUGUCCCCGGCGCCAGCCGCCGCCGCCGCGGCCCCGCUCCCUUGUGCUGCACCUGCUCCCGCUGCUCCUCAUUAUCAGCGAUGUGCGCGUGCAGGCCGUGUCGCUUGACGUGCAGGGCAACCGCCACCGUUCCUUCCGCGACGCCAUUCUGAUGAUGCGAGAGGACGCGUGGCUGGACUGGCCAAUCCGAGUGAGAUAUCGCGUGGAGGGCGCGGAGAAGGCUCGCCUCAACGCAUUUCGGGAGGUCAGGGACUUCGAGGACUCUCGGGGCGUCGUCUACGCGGAGGCUGCCGCCCACCCGCCGGACUACAUGCCCCUCGGGUUCAUGGACGUGGACCCCCUGCUCUUCGAGGAGAUCCCCGCGGACCUCAUGAGGCCCCAGGAUUGGAAGGGUGUCUUGGCCGUUCGGGUGGGCUACGACGCCGAUAUCAUGCAGUUAGAGGGUGAGGCCCUCGCGUUGGCCUACAAGCACAUCCUGCGCGCUGGAAUGGGGAAGGAGCGGGCCAGAGCACAGCGCGAGACGCGUGCUGCCACCGCCCAGCGCCUGACCGCACAGCGGGAGCCAUUGGGAUCUCUCACGGGUCUCGUGCAGAUUGCGAUCCGCCUGGCGACGGAGGUUCUCUACAAGAAAAAUGCGACAGCCUUCCUGGACCUGUGCACCAAGCGGGGCCUGGACUGGCACGACGUCGUGGAGAUGGACGCGGCCCCAGCCCAGCACAUGGUCGAUUGCUCUCACCUCAACGCGUCGUCCGACCACGGCGCGCAGCGGCUGGGCGGCCUCGUGCAUCUCUACCCGAGUUUGCAGGGGCAGUGGGGGCUGCAGUGGCCGAGGGCUGCUCGCGCCUCGAUCCCUUGGAAGCGGAGGGUGCCUGUGGGGGCCCGGCUGCCAUCGCCGAAGGCGGUAGCCAUUGCCAUGUGCUUGUUGCUGGUGGAGGCGGGUGUGCCCUGGAUGGCCGUCUGGGUCGCGCUGCCGCCCGUUGCCUACCUGAGGCCCGGCGAGACGUUCAAGUGCCUGUGGUCGUUCGCGGUCGAGGCCUUGAGGCCGAAGUACAGCCGCUGCUCAAGCCUCCUGUCCUUCCCCCAGGUCUCGGACCACCUGUGCGGCCUCCGCCACGGGGGCGCGUUGGACGGCUCGGUCAGUCGCCGAAGGAACGCGUUCCAGGGGGGGCUUCAAGGCAGGUUGGCCUCCGUGAAGAGUUUAGAACUGUACGGCAAGGAGACAAAGCUGCUGCCGGAGAUCCGCUCUGCGCACGGCGGCGUAUUUCGCCCCGGACAUCUCAAGUUGGAGCAUUUCUGGGCGGUGGUCAUGACAGACGGGACCCUGGAGGCCAGCAUCGGUCACCUCACCCCAGCGACGUUCGUGCUGGCGGAGCUGCUCGGGCUGGAGAAGGACGCCGAGGACGAGGAGACCUCCGAGCUCCUCGCCACCUGCACCCACGCCGAGCUGCAGGCGCGCGGGAUCGCGAUCCUGAAGCUGGCCGCGGGCGACUCGGUGCAUGGACGCCCCAACUGCUGGGACGCUGGAGCGUCUGGACACCGAAUUGCUUCGCCAAACUCCUUCGCUGCCGGGCCAGCCAAGCGACGUGGUGUCAUCGAGCCCUUCCGAGGAGAGCCUGGGGACGCCGCUGACGAAGGCGCCGUGCAGUUGAGGCCACCAUGGGCCACUUCGGGGGCCUGCUGA